UAUUUGGUGUUCGACCGCCCCUCCCUUUGGAUUAAUCAUUCUGUGAUCUCGCUGUCAAGAACGAAGCGCUCUCCCGCGCAUCAUGGCUGUUUAAAGGCGUGCAGCGGCUUACUUCGCAUCGGCAAUAACACGGCAGUGCAGCGGCGAAUUGCAUUGGCUUUUUCUGGCAAAAUGGCGUCUCUUUCGACAUCCACCCUCAGCUUUGCUGCAGUCGACAGCAGGACCUACCCUCUGGAAACCCAGACGAUAUCACGUUUAUUCCCCCACACACGACUACCACUGACCACUGGACAUGGCCUUGAUGACAGUGCCGGUCCCGGAGGACGUGGGGGCCCUGUUCUUAGGGCCCUCGUUUCUGACGGCUGACCCCAUGGUUCCCCUUCUGGACCAAGAUGAAGAGGAAGCUCUCUCUCUCUCCUCCGCCUUAGAGGAGAGUUCAACCGCUUCACCCUCCCCUACUUUGUCUUCCUCUCUCUCCCUGUCCCCUUACCAAACUCUCUGUCCCUCGCCUCUCUCCUCCUCCUUCUCCCCUCCUGCCUCUCCCCUCUCCUCCCCCUCCUCGUUCCUGGAGCCCAAGGUGGGUGCUGACGCCCUGUCCUUCCCCUGGCUGGGGGCUGCGGAGCUGCUCCACGCGCACGUUGGAGCAGACGUCAGCAGGGAUGACCCCUUCUCAGGGAUGGACUGGAUGGCAGAGAAGAUUGACCUCAGUGACUUUGACCUGGAUUCCCUAAUGGGCUCCUCAGACGAGCCUCCCAGCUCCCCAGAGGACCUCAUCGCCACCCUGGACUCCCAAAUGGAUCUGGAUGUCCACAACUUUGACUCACCCAUCGUCUCCCCGCUUGAUGCUCUCGCCCUGCCCCUACCCCUCCCCGAUUUGGUCCCUCUCCCACUGGAGCCCCCGCCCGUCACUCUGACCGUCUCUCCAAAUGAGGAGGAGGAGCAGCAGGCGACGCUGAUGGUGAAAACGGAGCCCCUCUCGCCGCCUCCCUUUAGCCACCUGGAGCUGGGUAGCGAGGUUGACGUGUUAGAAGUGGAGAAGAAUGCCCCGACCCUCAACGCCAACGUGAUGCCCUUCCCCACCGGCGACCUCCCAACCACCACCACCACCACCACCACCUCCUUCCUGGUGUCCCUCACCACCGCCGGGCCCUACGUGGUGCUGCUCACCGCUAAAGCAGAACCUUUCCAGGAGUCCCCCAAUGACCAGACCUCCGCUGCUCAGGAGGCCUUCCCCCCUGAUGAGGCCUCCCCUGUGACCAGCGACUGCGACAGCGACUCUGGCAUCGAGUCGGCCUCCAGCAGCCCCCCUCGGAUCUCCUCCCCGUCUCCUUCCUCCCCGUCCUCGGCCGGUUCCUCCAGGACCAAGCCGUACUCCAGGCCGGAGGCCGCCAGCACCGACAGGAAGUCUGCAGGCGGUGCGCCCCCCAGGGUGGUGGAGAAGAAACUGAAGAAGAUGGAGCAGAACAAGACCGCAGCGACGCGCUACCGCCAGAAGAAGCGGGUGGAGCAGGAGGUGCUGAGUGGGGAGUGCGACGAGCUGGAGACAAAGAACCACGCGCUGGCGGAGAAGGUUGACGCGCUCAGCCGCGAGAUCAAGUAUCUCAAGGACCUGAUGGAGGAGGUUCGCAACGCAAAGAACCGGCGCAGCAAGACUGUCUCCGCCUGAGUCGCCAACACCUCCUAACCCGGCUAGUGGUGUAGUCCGUGGGUUCCUGAGGUCAAGUCACAGUUCUGCGGCCGUUGUAGAAAGAGAUCGGCACGUGUACGCUGGAUUUAGGGUUCCAGGUAGCCAAGAGCAGUUGGUGUGCAUGGCAAGAGAUUAUGGAUGUCGAUGAGAUUAGGGACAUAGUGCUAGUCUAUCGGAUUAGAGAUAUCGAUGAAAUUAAUCUUGGAGGGACUAGGGCUGUGAGGUUUUACGGUCGCUCAGUCCGCUCCAGUAGACCCACAUAACAUCUAGGUGUACUUGCAGUGAUGUAUAGGAACGUGUAUAUCCUGGUCGUUUUACUAUGCUAACCCGACAAUCACUAGGCACACAGAUGGCAAACGGCCAUUAUCAAGUCAAGAUUUUAAGUAUUUUAAUUAAUUUGUCACAUGAUCAUACAGUGCUGUGAAAAGUCCAAGAGGCCGUCGUACUUUGCAGACUGCCGACGUAAUAAAACAUUCUCUGAAUAAAUUCCACCUUCAACCACCACCCUUUUGACUCACCCCUCAAUUGUUUCCUGCUGUUGUGUCACCCACCCACCCUCAGCCCACCACCCAUUUCCACCUUCCUCAGAGCAGCUUUGUCCAGAAAGGGGCCACGUUUAUUUAUGAAUUGUUACGCAGCACUCCUGUUUACGUGUUUUGUAAAUGGAUGCUCUUCUUGCUUACUGAUCAUUUUAUUCUUUGUUUUACUUUUGACUAACUCCUGAUUGAUUUUUUUUGGUUUUUAAGUGUUUCUUUCUGAAACUGUAUAAAUGCUUCUUUUUUUUCUAUUAAAUAUCCAUCAAUACUCUUCAGACAUGUCUCUUUUUUUAUUUUGAAGCUGUUUUGACUCGAGAUGAGAGAGGCAGAGUUCCAUCCACAACUUUACCUGUAAGCAUGACUUGGCAAGCUGGCUGGCUGAAUCCCUAGCUGAUUGACGACUUAUCUGAAUGAACUGCCAGUGGGUUUGUAUUGAAGCGUCUGCUGAAUGACCAAUAGCAAAUGGGAUAUCCACGGAUUGACUGUAAAAUUAAGGAAUGCACACCAACGAGUAAACUGAAAGCCUACAAGUCGGUGCACGGUUACGCAAAUGUUUGCGUAUGUGAGUCUGUACUCGGCACUUGUUGCCUAUCAAGUAGAACAUCAGUGGGGGAUGAUCCUUAACAUUAACUGUUGCAAUGGUGAGCUUGGGUUUAUUGCCUCGGUACUAGCAUUAAUCGCUUAUGGCAACGAAUUGUAUUUAUUUCCUCAAACGUGGUCUAGUCCAUUUUUCUUUCCCAUUAUAGCCCUUACAAGUACAAUGAAGCAUAAAUUACAUUUAUUAUGGUAAAUAUCUACAGUUCUAGCAGCAUUGGUUAUAACAUGAUUUGAGUAUUAGUUUAAACUGAUCUUGUCAUGUGGAAAGUGAAAACCGGCCUCAGGUGGUUUCUUCUCAAUAGUUUCACA